UUUCUGAUACGAGACUGUUACUUUUUUAUGUUCGUUAUAUAUCCCAAGAAAUGAACGUCGAUACGUAGGAAAAAUGUUUAAAAAUAGGACGAAUCUCGUGUAGUUUGGGUAGCUACGUUACUGAGCUGCAGAUUCUAUUGUUUUACUGUUGUACAAUGGCCCAGCCGAGCCAAGCGCCUCCAGUUUCCCCUCUUGUUCCCCACCUGACGUGAGCUACUCCCCUCUGGCCCGAAAGUGGCAUGGAAUUGCUGCCGCAAAAGGAUGUUGGGGUUACCCUGGGGGGCGUGGGAAAAACCUGCUGUGGGAAAGAGUGGGUGGCCUCUACCUCACUUCACUUCUCUGAUGAUGACGAUACGAUAUAUACAUCAUGCGGCCCGAGUGUAUUACACGUAUUCGCACACGCGUCGGGAAAUAGACGAAUCCCGUGCACACAAACGUGAUCCACCGUAUUACGUUACGUGUCCGUGUGCACGCGAGUCACACGAACGGUCGCCGGUGCGCACGUUGCUGCGUAAUAUAGGACGAGUUCGCGUGGAUAGGCAAAUUAAACUCCUAUGAAUAAUGUUACUUCUUAUUCUAUCCAAAACUCACGGUUGUCCAGUGAGCCGUUUUAACUAGACACCUUCAACAAUUAUAAAUUCGCUCCAAGUACAUAAUCAGCCUAAUCAGAAUUUCUCUUCCGGUUAGACAUUUUUAGUUACUCAUUAUACAGACUAUUAACUGAGAAUUUCACAUGCCUCAGUAUUGAAAUAUUUUAUAAUAUAUUAGCUUAUAUGCUCGUCAUGCUUUUCAUAGUAUAUUUUCAUUGAUGACUGAAUUAGAAUCCUAUUGCUUCACUUCAUAUUUCUGAAAGUUUCAUAACUGUAGAAUUGCGUUUCGUAUCGUAAUUCAAGAACACAGUAAUUGAUGAACGAUUCAUUCACUUAAAAUUUAUCGAUACUUUUCGGCAAUAAUAGAUUAUUUGCCUUUCCUUGUAUACGAAACUGGAGUUGUCGUUUUAAAGUCGAAGGUACAAAUGUCGCUGUCGUGAGAUUAAUCUUUUAAUCACGCUCCUCCUGCUGCUAUGUCUAGUAAUCAGCUGACCGUUGCGACGGUGCGACGUUCGUAUCAAUAAGUGCUUUGCUUGCGUGUCGAGCUUUAACACUAAAAACCGAUGAUUUAAUGGCGUUUGAUGUUGACAUAAUAUCAAUUACGUACAGCUUAGUUACUUUACAUAAUGGGAGUUCAUGGCCUUUGGCGUUUGCUAGAUGCAACAGGAAAACAAGUGCCCUUGGAGACAUUAGAAGGAAAAGUCUUGGCUAUCGAUGUGUCGAUAUGGAUACAUCAAGUAUUAGCAGGAUAUCAGGACCGUUUUGGCAAUCCGAAACCCAAUGCUCAUCUCAUCGGCUUGUUCAACAGAAUAUGCAAACUUCUCUAUUAUAAAAUCAAGCCAGUUUUUGUAUUUGACGGAGGUGUACCGAUGCUUAAGAAGGCUACAAUUGCUCUACGCAGGAAGCAGAAAUCUAUGGCCAAGAAUAAAGCCCAGCAGAUGAGGACGGAAUUAAUAAAUAAUUUAAUAAAACACUCGACGGUGAAAACGGUUCUUGACCCCGAGAAAACCGAUGCCACCAAGGAAACCACCGAAGUAAUUUUAAGUUUGCAAAAUAAACGAAACGUGGAUAAUAUGUUUAAACUGCCAGAUCUGCCGAGCACCAGCAAAGCUGAAUUAGAACUCGCCGAGGAAUACAAUUCCGAUUCAUCGGACGAGCCGAGUCCGCGGAAACAGUCGAAAUGGAGUGGAAACAUUCACAACGUGGACGUGUCCAGUGUCGAGUUUAAAUCUUUACCAGCCGACAUGCGUUACGAAAUCCUGACAGACCUGAAGGAAACGCGGAAACAAAGUUCGUGGGGUCGUUUACACGAAAUGCCGCAAGAGUCGACACACUUUUCUGGUUUCCAAAUGAAACGUCUGUUGAAACGUAGAUUGGUUCAAGAGAGUUUAGAAUCGUCGGAGAAGGAAAUGGGAGGCAAGACGCUUACGUUAGAGGAACUGGAAAAGUUGAUGAAAGAACAAGGGAUACCGAUGAACGCCCAGAAUUAUGCUUACCGUAUCGCUGCGGAUAAUGUAACUAGGGUCAUUUAUAUCAGUGAUAAAAAUGCACUCAAGAGCAACGACGUCGAUUCGAGCAGCGCGAGUUCACAGAAUAUUGACAACAAGGUGGAUGAAUGCGUUGCUGGACCCAGUAAAUUACCAUCGAUCAUUGAGGACAUGGACGAAUACGCACUGAACGAUUGGGACAGCGACGAUGAAAUAAUAGAUGUCAACAGUUUCGAGUUCACGAGGGAUACGAGCAGCGAUACGGAACCGGAAAUAGAAUCCAACAGAUUGCAAAUAAAAAAGUAUUCUGGGAGAGAUAUUAUGAGUAAUCCUGCUUUAACAUACAUGCUAGAGUACAGCGGAUUAACGGAGAAACAGAUCCAUGUUCUUCUCGAACAAAAGAGUAAAGAAGAUAUCUCAAAGGUAAAAGAAAAAUCCAGUUCCCAUAAAAAGGAACAUGAAGGCUUAAUUACGCAAUCUGAAGAGUGCAAAAACGCAGAUAUGACAGAUGUUACGAAAUCGAUUACAAUAGAAGAUUCAACUUUGUCGUGCGAAGGAGACGCAAAGUCUGUAAGCCAUGAUUCUACGGAUGUGAAAGAAGCAACCCCUGCGCCAGAACUUGAAUUUGACGCGACACCUGUUACAACUGCUGUUUCAAAAGAAGUGCAAGCUGAAUCAAAAGAUACGGUAAUGAGUUCAACGGAAUCCGAUUCGGACGAUUUUAUCGAAAUAGAAGAUGCGCCUGUACCAAAGACUGAUGCCAGUAUCGAGAAAUGUAUUUCGCAACAAAAUAUUCAAAUAACAUUUAGAUCCGACGAAAAAAUAGAGGAUGAUAUGUUUGCCGACAUAUUCAACACACCCAACAGCGAGUCAGAUGUACAGACAAGUUCACAAAGUACCCAAGCAGUCGUCGAAGAGAAUACUCAAUGUACAGGACACGAUGUACCUAAGCAGUCAUUAAAGAGAGUACAUUUCGAAGAGGCUUCGGAAAAUGCAAUCGAUUCGGAGAAUCGCUUACCCGGAAUUGAAAAUGAAAUUAAGCAAUUUUCAAGUAUAAUUAAAGAAAAUGACAAUGUACAUUCGCAAAUAGAUGCACAUACGAAUGCAAAAUCCGAGGUAAUUCAAAUGAGGAACAAGAAUAGUGUUAAUGAUGCGGCGAGUAUUCCAAAACAUGAUGCAGAAAUUGAGAAUAGACCUAUUCUCUUGAAUAAGGAUGACUUGCUAUGUUUGCAGUCUCAGUUAGAGGAUAGACAAUCGGAACUAGUGGCAGAUAUUGGAAGAUUAGAAAGGCAGGGUAUCGACAUUUCGGAUCAGAUCCGAACAGAGGCUCAGGAACUGUUACGAAUAUUCGGAAUCCCGUAUAUCGUUGCGCCCAUGGAGGCAGAGGCGCAGUGCGCUUUAUUAGAACAAAUUCGUCUGACCGAUGGCACGAUUACGGAUGAUUCGGAUAUCUGGCUGUUCGGGGGUCGAUGUGUUUACAAAAAUUUUUUCGACAACAGCAAAAAAGUUCUUGAAUUUCGCUCAGAGGACAUACAAUAUCACCUUAAGUUGUCGCGUAACGAGAUGAUAAGACUAGCUCUUUUAGUCGGCAGCGAUUACACUACAGGGUUAACCGGCAUUGGCCCAGUCACCGCGCUGGAAAUUUUAGCAGCUUUUCCGUCGCAGGGUGACGAUCUGCUGCACGGUUUGAGCAAUUUCUGUACCUGGAUCGAGAACGGUAGAUCCGCCGGUCCCGGAAAAGCGACUCUGCGCAACAAAUUGCAAAACCUACAAAUUCAGAAAGGCUUCCCUAAUCAAGCCGUUGUGCAAGCGUACCUGUUCCCGGAAGUGGACGAAUCGAGAGAGGCUUUCACUUGGAGUAAGCCAAACAUAUUAUUAUUAACCGAUUACGCGAAGCAAAAAUUCGGUUGGGACAAACAUAAAUCCAUGGCGAUCAUGGCACCAGUAUUAAAGAGAUUGGAAGAGAAGCAGAGUCAGAGUAAGAUAAGCGCGUACUUUAAACUACACACUGUUCCAAAACCGAUCGAAAUGGCUUUGAGUAAAAGAGUGCAGAAAGCUGUGCAUAAGUUAAAUAAUGAAAACGCGGAAGAUCCCGAGGCUGCGGAGGCUGCGCCGGUUAAGAAAAAGAAACCUGCUGGUGGAAGGCGAAAGAAAACUAUAGAAUCAAAGACUGAACAGACCGAUUCGAAAGUUGAACAUAAAGCAUUGAAUCCUGAGGAGGUCGAUCAAGACAAGUCCCGACUUAUCACUCUGCCAGAAAAAAGUGUCGACGAACAUAUACCGCAAAGGGAGAAGGAUAAAGCGAACGCUUUGAAAAAUAAAUUGCACGCUAUCGAAAUAUUACGCAAGUCGAAGAAAGGAUUGUGCAAAACGAAAAAAGUGAAUCGUUACGUGCGAAAAGUGAAACAGGAAGCUGAUCUCUCCGAAAGUGACAGUAAUUAAUAAAGACAAGUGCAUAGAUCUGUUUAAAUCGACGCAACGUACGAACGAGAGGCGUGAAUAUAACGAAGAUUAAAUGAAGGUUUGUACAUUCUCUUUUUCAAAUAAAUUAUUUUUUACAUUGUG